CUGCGGAGGGAUUCUGUUUCUGGCUUGGCGGAGGGAUCUGACAGUACGUGAACUUCCGGAAAAGUCCUGGCCCUGAGAGGAAAAGCCCCGAAGGAAACAAUAACAAACGAGAGGAGGAAGCGGCUCUGGGGUUCGUGUGGCGAGCAGUUCUUGCUUGAGAAGAUGCGCUUCGGAUCCCGUCCGGGGACGUGAAGAGGUUCGGUGGGCUUCUGCCAGACUUUCUCCACCUGCCCGCCUCGGGGCCGCUGGGAGUUGCCAUGGCGGGUGUGGGGCCGGGGGGCUACGCGGCGGAGUUCGUGCCCCCGCCGGAGUGCCCAGUGUUUGAGCCCAGCUGGGAGGAGUUCACAGACCCGCUCAGCUUCAUCGGCCGCAUCCGACCUCUGGCAGAGAAGACCGGCAUCUGCAAAAUCCGACCACCCAAGGAUUGGCAACCUCCAUUUGCAUGUGAAGUAAAAAGCUUUCGUUUUACUCCCAGAGUCCAGCGCCUGAAUGAACUUGAGGCAAUGACCAGAGUGAGACUGGACUUCUUGGAUCAACUAGCAAAAUUUUGGGAACUUCAGGGAUCUACUUUGAAGAUCCCUGUGGUGGAGAGAAAAAUCCUGGAUCUGUAUGCUUUGAGCAAGGUUGUUGCCAGCAAAGGAGGUUUUGAAAUGGUUACCAAAGAAAAGAAAUGGUCUAAAGUGGGUAGCCGCUUGGGAUAUCUGCCAGGAAAAGGAACUGGGUCUCUUUUGAAGUCACACUAUGAAAGAAUUCUCUACCCAUAUGAGCUUUUCCAGUCUGGUGUCAGCCUUAUGGGUGUACACAUGCCUAAUCUAGAUCUUAAGGAAAAAGUGGAGCCUGAGGUUCUUGGCACUGAUGUCCCAACUUCUCCAGAGCCAGGUACAAGAAUGAAUAUUCUGCCAAAGAGAACGAGACGUGUCAAGUCUCAGUCAGAAUCUGGAGAAGUGAACAGAAAUACAGAACUGAAGAAACUUAGAAUUUUUGGGGCUGGGCCUAAGGUUGUUGGCCUGACAAUGGGAGCCAAAGAUAAAGAAGAUGAGGUCUCCCGAAGACGAAAAGUUACCAACAGGUCAGACGCAUUUAACAUGCAAAUGAGACAACGGAAAGGAACUCUCUCUGUUAACUUUGUUGAUCUCUAUGUUUGUAUGUUUUGUGGUCGGGGAAAUAAUGAAGAUAAAUUGCUUCUAUGUGAUGGAUGUGAUGACAGCUAUCAUACAUUUUGUUUGAUUCCUCCACUACCUGAUGUCCCCAAAGGAGACUGGAGGUGUCCUAAAUGUGUUGCUGAGGAAUGUAAUAAACCUCGAGAAGCCUUUGGAUUUGAACAAGCUGUACGGGAGUAUACACUUCAGAGCUUUGGAGAGAUGGCAGAUAAUUUUAAGUCUGAUUAUUUCAAUAUGCCAGUCCAUAUGGUUCCCACAGAACUAGUAGAAAAGGAAUUCUGGCGGCUGGUGAGCAGCAUUGAAGAAGACGUUAUUGUAGAGUAUGGAGCUGAUAUCUCCUCAAAAGACUUCGGAAGUGGAUUUCCUGUAAAGGAUGGUCGUAGAAAGAUGCUCCCAGAAGAAGAGGAAUAUGCACUUUCUGGUUGGAACUUGAAUAACAUGCCUGUCCUAGAGCAGUCUGUUCUUGCACAUAUUAAUGUAGACAUCUCUGGUAUGAAGGUGCCCUGGCUUUAUGUGGGAAUGUGUUUCUCUUCUUUUUGCUGGCAUAUUGAAGACCACUGGAGUUAUUCCAUCAACUACUUGCACUGGGGGGAGCCGAAGACAUGGUAUGGUGUGCCAUCUCAUGCUGCCGAACAACUGGAGGAGGUGAUGAGGGAGCUGGCCCCUGAAUUAUUUGAAUCCCAGCCUGAUCUCCUACAUCAGUUAGUCACCAUCAUGAACCCCAAUGUUCUAAUGGAGCAUGGUGUGCCUGUAUACAGGACCAAUCAGUGUGCUGGCGAGUUUGUUGUGACAUUUCCUCGGGCCUAUCAUUCUGGAUUUAAUCAGGGAUACAACUUCGCUGAAGCCGUGAACUUCUGUACUGCUGACUGGUUGCCCAUUGGACGUCAGUGUGUCAAUCAUUACCGACGGCUUAGGCGCCACUGUGUGUUUUCACAUGAGGAACUCAUUUUCAAGAUGGCAGCAGAUCCAGAAUGCUUAGAUGUGGGGCUGGCUGCCAUGGUGUGCAAGGAACUGACUCUCAUGACUGAAGAAGAGACACGAUUAAGGGAGUCUGUUGUACAGAUGGGUGUCAUGAUGUCAGAAGAAGAAGUGUUUGAACUUGUUCCUGAUGAUGAGCGACAGUGUUCAGCAUGCAGAACCACAUGUUUUCUCUCUGCUCUGACAUGCUCCUGUAAUCCUGAGCGUCUUGUGUGUCUUUACCAUCCAACUGAUCUCUGCCCCUGCCCUAUGCAGAAGAAAUGUCUUAGAUACCGCUACCCAUUAGAGGACCUCCCUUCUCUGCUAUAUGGUGUGAAAGUCAGGGCACAGUCCUAUGAUACUUGGGUCAGUCGUGUUACGGAGGCAUUAGCUGCCAACUUCAAUCACAAAAAAGAUCUGCUUGAAUUACGAGUAAUGCUGGAAGAUGCUGAGGAUAGGAAAUACCCAGAGAAUGAUCUCUUUAGAAAACUCAGGGAUGCUGUAAAAGAAGCUGAGACCUGUGCAUCUGUGGCUCAGCUGCUCCUGAGCAAAAAGCAGAAACACAGGCAGAGCCCAGAUAGUGGGAGGACUCGGACCAAACUGACAGUAGAAGAAUUGAAGGCCUUUGUUCAACAACUUUUUAGUCUUCCAUGUGUCAUCAGCCAAGCUCGACAAGUAAAGAAUCUGCUGGAUGAUGUGGAAGAGUUUCAUGAACGUGCUCAAGGGGCCAUGAUGGAUGAAACCCCAGAUUCUUCCAAACUCCAGGUGUUGAUAGACAUGGGCUCUAGUCUCUAUGUGGAACUGCCUGAAUUAGCCCGACUGAAGCAAGAGCUACAGCAGGCUCGAUGGUUAGAUGAAGUAAGACUAACCCUAUCAGAUUCACAACAAGUCACUUUGGAUGUGAUGAAGAAAUUGAUAGAUUCUGGGGUGGGGUUGGCACCCCACCAUGCUGUGGAGAAAGCAAUGGCUGAACUACAGGAGCUCCUUACAGUCUCUGAGCGAUGGGAAGAAAAGGCAAAAGUCUGCCUACAGGCAAGACCACGGCACAGUGUGGCAAGUUUAGAAAGCAUUGUGAACGAAGCUAAGAACAUUCCAGCCUUUCUACCCAAUGUGUUGGCCCUGAAAGAAGCCUUACAAAAGGCUCGAGAGUGGACCUCUAAGGUGGAAGCUAUUCAGAGUGGCAGCAACUAUGCUUACUUGGAGCAGCUGGAGAGCUUAUCUGCUAAAGGGCGCCCUAUCCCCGUGCGUCUUGAUGCAUUGCCCCAAGUGGAAUCACAGGUAGCAGCGGCCAGAGCAUGGAGAGAGCGAACUGGGCGGACCUUUCUUAAGAAGAAUUCCAGCCAUACAUUGUUACAGGUCCUGAGUCCCCGGACUGACAUUGGUAUAUAUGGAAGUGGUAAAAAUAGAAGGAAAAAAGUAAAAGAACUAAUAGAAAAAGAAAAAGAAAAGGACCUGGACCUUGAGCCUCUGAGUGAUCUGGAGGAAGGAUUGGAGGAAACUAGAGACACAGCCAUGGUGGUGGCAGUUUUCAAAGAACGGGAGCACAAAGAGAUUGAAGCCAUGCAUUCCCUCAGAGCAGCCAACCUGGCCAAGAUGACAAUGGUGGACCGCAUCGAAGAAGUAAAAUUUUGCAUUUGCCGCAAGACAGCCAGUGGAUUUAUGCUACAGUGUGAGCUCUGCAAAGACUGGUUCCAUAACAGCUGUGUUCCCCUUCCUAAAUCAAGUUCCCAGAAAAAAGGGUCCAGCUGGCAGGCUAAAGAAGUAAAAUUCCUUUGCCCUCUUUGCAUGCGAUCUCGAAGGCCAAGGCUAGAGACUAUUCUGUCACUUCUGGUAUCCCUUCAGAAGUUGCCUGUACGGUUGCCUGAAGGAGAAGCCCUACAGUGUUUGACAGAACGUGCUAUGAGUUGGCAAGAUAGAGCACGGCAGGCACUAGCCACAGAUGAACUGUCUUCUGCUCUGGCCAAAUUGUCCGUGUUGAGUCAGCGUAUGGUGGAGCAGGCAGCUCGAGAAAAAACUGAAAAGAUCAUCAGUGCAGAACUCCAAAAAGCAGCUGCCAAUCCAGACUUACAGGGACACUUACCUAGUUUCCAGCAGUCUGCUUUUAACCGGGUGGCAAGCAGUGUAUCUUCUUCUCCUCGACAAACAAUGGAUUAUGAUGAUGAAGAAACAGAUUCUGAUGAAGACAUCCGGGAGACAUAUGGCUACGACAUGAAGGUGAUUACACAGACAGGCUGUGAUACAGCCAGUGUGAAGUCCUCCAGCAGUCUGGAACCCAAUCUCUUUUGUGAUGAAGAGAUUCCCAUCAAGUCUGAGGAGGUGGUCACUCACAUGUGGACAGCGCCUUCAUUCUGUGCAGAACAUGCUUACUCUUCUGCUUCUAAGAGUUGUUCUCAAGGUUCAAGCACCCCGAGGAAACAACCUCGGAAGAGCCCUUUGGUGCCCCGAAGUUUGGAACCUCCGGUGCUGGAGUUGUCUCCUGGUGCUAAAGCCCAGCUGGAAGAGCUUAUGAUGGUUGGAGAUCUCUUGGAAGUAUCUCUGGAUGAGACUCAACACAUAUGGCGGAUAUUGCAGGCCACACAUCCACCCUCUGAAGACAGAUUCCUGCAUAUCAUGGAGGAUGACAGCAUGGAAGAGAAACCAUUAAAAAUAAAAGGAAAAGACUCUUCAGAGAAGAAACGGAAACGGAAGCUUGAAAAAGAGCAGCUUUUUGGAGAAGGAAAACAGAAGUCCAAGGAGUUAAAGAAAAUGGAUAAACCUAAAAAGAAGAAAUUAAAAUUAAGUACAGAAAAAUCAAAGGAACUGAACAAACUGGCUAAGAAACUUGCAAAAGAAGAAGAGAGAAAGAAAAAGAAGGAGAAGGCUGCUGCAGCCAAAGCCGAGCUUGUGAAGGAGAAUACUGAGACGAAGAGGGAGAGGAAAGUGCUGGACAUCCCCUCAAAGUAUGACUGGUCAGGGGCGGAGGAGUCUGACGACGAGAAUGCUGUGUGUGCAGCGCAGAACUGCCAAAGGCCCUGCAAGGACAAGGUAGACUGGGUACAAUGUGAUGGUGGCUGUGAUGAGUGGUUUCAUCAAGUUUGUGUGGGUGUCUCUCCAGAAAUGGCUGAAAAUGAAGAUUACAUCUGUAUAAACUGUGCAAAGAAGCAGGGGCCAGACAGCCCAGGUCAAGCACCACCUCCUUCCUUCCUCAUGAGCUAUAAACUACCAGUGGAGGAUCUUAAGGAGACCAGUUAGCAGAAGCUGGGCUUGUUUGGGACACGGGGGCAAACAGACCACACUGAGACCUUAGUCAUCAAGUAGAGUGGUUUAAAUCCACUCGGAAUGUUGCUUCCAAAGACAAAUGGCCUUCAGAGAAAGUCCUCUUAGCUGGCUUCCUCUUUGCAUAGACUGUGAUCAACAUUCUUUUGUCAAUACAUCUGUGCAGAGGGUGUCUUCUUUGGUACAACAGCCAAUCUUUCAAUUCAUGUCUCCUCUGAAUAUGGUUUGUUGGAAGACCAGACAUUCAGUUGAGCUCUAGAAUGGUUGGUUGGCAUUAAACACAUUGGUGUGCUAGCAGGGCGUGUAGGUUGUGGCUCAGGGCCAGCUGAUACUAGUUAGAGGUUUACGGCCUGUGGGCAGCACACCUGGAGGUGCUGAUUACUGGAUCUGCUUAGUUAGGAUAGUCGGAGACGAGUCAGAGUACCACUCUCCUUCUGCUAUAGCCUGGCAUUUAAUGCCCUGCAGAAACAGAAGAGGUACAGGGCCAGAGUUACUCCUAUUAAAAGUCAUGUUAGUGAAACAGUCUGUAGACCUCAGCUUCUUGUGUUUGUACCAAGAAGAAAACCCCAGAUGAGAAGCAGAUCACCUAAUAUUCUUGAGGAGGAGGAUGUCAUCUAGUUCGGAAGUCUGACUAGAGUGGAUCUGGGAAGAAGAACCUCCUCAUUUCAAGGCAAGGAGCCUUUUUUGGCUUUGAGAAGUCUUGCUGUCUUGGGCCUCCAUUUCAGAGAAGAGCAGGUGCAUGAUCCAGGCUUCUGCAAAAGAAGAGAAGACAAGUCAGAAUCUUUUACUGGAACAGCGAUGCAUGUGUUUUGGGGGAAACCUUCCAUUCACAAGUAUACCAGAUAGCACCAGGCUUCAGGCAUGGCCAUGAGCAAGGCCGGCAAAUACCAGCAUUUUGCCUUGCAGCCCUGACCCCAGUGUUUGCUGUUUCCAGUACUGGUGAUACCUGAUUGUGGCCCACAGCAGAUGCUGUUGAAUAACACCAUGGCUUCAUGGUGUGGGGUUGUAGUACCUCAGAGUGAUGAAGUUGUUUUAGUAAAUCCAUUUUUAAAAAAAAGAAAAAAAGGACUUGUUUUUACUUUUUUCUAAAUGUCUCUGACUACUGAUUGUUCUAUAAAUAGAUUAUUUUUCCUUUUUUAAUAUACAUAUAUGAAUAUAUAAAUAUAUAUAUAUAUACUGUUACCAGCAGCAUAUGACAGUUUCAGCAUCAAAAUCCUUUUGGGGGCUUGCUUUCUCUUUCUUGCUUUUUAAUAAAGAAAUCCCAUUCCUUCCUUGUGGUACAAGGAGUUAGCACUUCCUUCUCCAUCCAAGUCUGACCAGAUGUUCCAUUUUGUUUUAGUUCAAACAAAUACUGUAUUUCUUUUGUGUACCAGGACUUGUCCCUGUCUCCUGGGAAACGUGGUCUUACUCUGUGAUGGCUGUUCUGUUUGGUUUUGGUUUUGUAUGUAAAUGUUUAAAACUAUGGUGCUGUGUCCUCUUCUGUUGUGCUCUCUGUUCUUGGUGAAGUGUAGGUAAGCUGUAUGGAGACUCUUACUAGAAGGGGACUAAUUGUUUUUAAAAGACAAAAAAAACAAAAAAUAGUGUUUUGUCUUCACUAUUCUGUCUCCCUUUAUUUUGGUUUAGAAAUCUGUGGUUUGACUUAUAUUCAUCAGUUUUCCUUUAAAGUGGGGAGCAGGGUGGGCCUAGAGAACAGUGUAUAGUCUCCUCUUGCCUUUUUGCCCCAAUCUCUUAAAGAAAUGUCUUCUAGUACCUAGAAGUGAAAUGUACUGUCCAGUUACAGUGUGAGUGGGUAUGAGAUUUAACUCAAAAGGCAUCUUAUUAAAAAAAAAAAGCUUUCCUAUAAAAUACAGUUUCUGUAAAUGUUUUCUCUAUAGUUCAUACUACCUAUUUUUAAAUGAACUCUACCCUUACUAUUAUAUGUUUUGACCUGUGAGGAGGUUCAUAAGCAUUGCUGUGCAUGUGUCCUAAGGUUUCAUUUCAAGUAUGUGUAUGAUUUAGGAUUUCAGUGGAUAUUGCAAGGUAACUAAUAAAACAAUUUUAUAAACUGCCAAAUUAUAUAAAGAUA